CCGAAGCCCUAGGGAGCUGUGACUAGGACUGCUAACAGCCUAGCUGACGACGACUGCUGACGUCGGAACCCUAGGGGGCUGCAGUUGGUGCUGUGGUGGUGAGACGGGGUUGCGGUGGUCCUGUGGUUGUGCGACUGGUGGCAGUGGCUGGUGUGAUGGUGCUGUGGUUUCUAGGGUUUCAGAGAGGCUCUGAUACCAGUUUAUUUUGAGAAGAGAAAAAUUAGAGAUUUUGAUCCAUCAGAGAAUGGGAGUAAUGCAUCUGUAUCAGGAAAGGGAAAUACUAUAUCUGCAGGCGGUAUAGUUGGAAUUGUGGCUGGAGUAGUAUUUGCUAUCAUCCUAAUGCUGGGUAUUCUUUGGUGGAAAGGAUGUCUACAACACAAUAAUACGAUGGAACAUGAUCUGAAGGGUCUAGACCUACAUACUGGUUCAUUUACCUUAAGGCAAAUUAAAGCUGCCACAAAGAAUUUUGAUGUUGCUAAUAAGGUUGGAGAGGGUGGUUUUGGUUCGGUGUACAAGGGCCUUUUAUUGGAUGGCACUGUGAUUGCUGUGAAGCAGCUUUCUUCCAAAUCAAAGCAAGGAAAUCGCGAGUUUGUGAAUGAGAUAGGCAUGAUUUCUGCCUUACAACACCCUAAUUUGGUAAAGCUCUAUGGAUGUUGCAUUGAAGAAGAUCAACUGUUGCUAGUAUAUGAGUACAUGGAAAAUAACAGCCUUGCUCGUGCUUUGUUUGGACCUGAAUGA